AUCCAUCAUCAAAAUUCCUUAUUAAUGGCGUUAAAACAACUUUUAUUUCUACACAAUCCAUACAUUCCAUUGCCGGCGUCCUAUUCAUCUCGCCGGAAAAAUGCCUCGGCGGCUACUUCUUCAACUAGCAAUUCAAUACUUCAACACCCGAUGUCAUCGUCGAAGAACAUUGACAAAUUCAAAACACUGAAUUUCCCUAAAAACUCCACCAGAAAGUUGAACCGCUCUGUUACUACGAUCAGAUCACAAUUGAAUUUUCCCAUCAUUUCUCCGCAAGAUCAAUGGGGAACCUGGACUGUUCUCUUCGCUACCGGCGCCUUUGGCAUUUGGUCGGAGAAGACCAAGGUUGGGGCUGCACUAAGUGGUGCACUAGUAAGUACACUGGUUGGUCUAGCAGCAAGUAACUUGGGCAUUAUAGCUUGUGAAGCUCCAGCAUAUAAAAUCGUGACAGGAUUCUUGCUUCCACUUGCUGUUCCCUUACUGUUGUUUAGAGCCGAUAUGCGUCGAGUAUUAAAGUCCACUGGAACACUGCUCUUGGCUUUUUUGCUUGGAUCAGUUGCAACUACUAUUGGGACUGUGGUGGCUUUUUGGAUGGUUCCGAUGCGAUCACUUGGUCAAGAUGGCUGGAAGAUAGCUGCCGCUCUUAUGGGAAGACACAUAGGUGGAGCUGUCAACUAUGUGGCUAUUUCCGAAGCUCUGCAGACAUCACCAUCAGUUGUUGCUUCUGGAUUGGCUGCUGAUAAUCUUAUUUGUGCAGUAUACUUCACAACAUUGUUUGCAUUGGCUUCUAAAAUACCUGCUGAAGCUACUCAAUCAACCACUGAUGACAAGAUUGAUUCAGAAUUUGGUAACAAGCUGCCGGCACUGCAGACUGCUACUGCUCUUGCUGUGUCCUUUGCUAUAUGCAAAGUUGGAGAACUUUUUACUAAGCAUUUUGGUAUUCAAGGAGGUCUCCUUCCCACUAUUACAGCUAUUGUUGUCAUUCUAGCAACUUCAUUUCCCAGUCAAUUUGCCUACCUUGCGCCGUCUGGUGAGGCUAUGGCAAUGAUUCUGAUGCAGGUAUUUUUUACAUUCAUUGGUGCCAGUGGUGGGAGCAUAUCAAACGUUCUCAAUACCACACCCAGUAUAUUUCUGUUUGCGUUAAUCCAGAUUGCUGUCCAUUUGGGCGUGAUACUUGGUGUUGGUAAACUGCUCCGAGUUGAACUGAAACAAUUGCUCAUAGCAUCAAAUGCAAACGUAGGAGGCCCAACAACAGCUUGUGGAAUGGCCACCGCGAAAGGGUGGAUUUCCUUGGUUGUUCCAGGCAUUCUUGCUGGUAUUUUGGGUAUCGCCAUUGCAACUUUUCUUGGUAUUGCUUUUGGACAGGCCGUCCUUAAAUUCAUGUAAUUUUGGAGUGUGGAACAAGAACAUCUAUACACCAAAAGCAUAUCAUGCUGUAUGCAGACAUAAUAUGGCUUGCACGUGAACAUCCUUGGGCUCGUUUGAUACUUUGGUUGUUGCUUUUAUUUUCUUGUUGGGAACGCCAUUCCCAAAUGGGUCUUGCAUUGCGUGAUCCAGAUUUAAUCGGUGCUUCAAUGUGGGCUUCAGACACCGAGUGAGAAAUCAAAAUAAUAAUAAUAAUAGUUGCAUAAGUUAUGCAUGAAUCUGUAUUCUAAUUUGUAAUAUAUCAAACUAAACAUUCAACAAGAAAUGAUUCUUGUGUUAUAAUACAUUAGUGAGGUGGCCUGCCCUCUUAAUUGAUGUAGGCCCACAAAUAGAGGUGGGUGGGGCCACCUCAUUAAUGUAUUAAACGUUUUAUCGGUUCAACUUU